AUGGGGAAAUUGAGAGCUUUCUACAUCGAACUUGAAAAUCAGCAAGGGGUUUUCUUUCCUGGACAGAUUAUAAAUGGGAGACUUGUUAUUGAACUGGAUGCAGAGAUGAAAAUGAGAGAAAUAAGCUUGACAUUCAAAGGACUAGCACAUGUAUAUUGGUAUUACACCCAACAGAACUCGUCAGGACACUAUCAGACAAGCACUUACAGCGCAUCCGAGAAGUACUUUGAGCAUUCUCAACCUUUGUUUGGAGAAGGUAUGGGAAUGAGUGAUGAUAACCGCUUGCCCCCUGGACAGCACGCAUAUCCUUUCUCCUUCCAGUUGCCCCCGAAUCUCCCAUCAACCUUUGAAGGUGAAGUUGGUUACGUGAGAUACACCAUUAAAGGAACCAUUUACAAGCCUUGGAAAUUUGACUAUACUACCAAGAGACCUUUCACUGUCAAUGCAUUGUUAGAUUUGAACACACAACCAAAUUCAGCUUGUUGGACUCGAAACCAACAAAGUAAAUUCCUAUGUUGUCUGUGCUGUAAGUCGGGACCAAUAACAGGAAUGUUAAAACUGGACAGAGUGGGAUAUGUUCCUGGAGAAGCAAUAACCUUCAACGCAGAAAUACAAAACAUGACCAGCAGUGUCUGUGGAGUGCAUGUCAAACUAUACAUGACCACUGUGUUUCAUGCUACAACAAAAUCCAAAACAACAACUUCUGAGAUAGCAAGAGUAGUCCACCAAGACAUUCAGCCCGGGGAAACAGAAACAUGGUCAGGGGACAGUCUUGUUAUACCACCCUUACCUCCAUCAUUUCUUGUUGGAUGCAAGAUUAUCGAUAUAAAUUACUUUUUUGAGUUGAUUGUUGAACCCCCUUGGCCUGCCACAAGCCUUUGCGUUCCAUUAUUGAUCAUCAUUGGUACAACACCCCUUCGGACAGUUGUUCAACAGUACCAAGCACAGUAUGGAAUCUCGACUCCUCAACAACCAGCAUUACCUGCCCCUGGGCCAGCACCGUCAGCUCCCCCAGUAGAAGGCGCUUCACUAAUGUCAGAUUUGCCAACGCCAAGCUACAGUGAGUGGUUGUUUGGUAAAACUAACAUCCGUGAAGAAGAGGACUCAGAGCACACGACGGGAGAGAUGGAUUACACCCCAGCAUACACAUAUUACGACUGGUCCAAACUAUCACAAAUUCAGUAGUUGUGUUCAUUGUAUGAUAAAAUAUACACAUUAAUAUUGAUUUCAUGUUUUCUUUCAAAUAUUUUGUUGUCAUCAUUUAAAACAUGUUGUUUUAAACCCUACGGUGUUAAUUUUCAGCCAUUGAUGGAUAAUUUAAAGGACAUUUAAUGUUCACUUUUCUAAUUUGUUAAUGCUACCAAAGUAAUAUAAGUUGGUGUUGUUAAUGUAAGCUGUUUAUUUUAAUGUUGUUCUUUCUCAAAUGGUUUGAUCAUUCAUCACGAGAGCAGACUUAUUUUUUUUCGGUUAAUUCAUAAUUUUUA